UUUCAGGUAUUCUACACGGUUGAUGAUUAAUUAAAGGUCAAACAUGAAAGUCGAUCGAAGCAAGCUCAAGAAAAGUGCUUCUGAAGUGCCUGGUGACUGUAAAUUGCUCAUUGAGAAGUUGAAGUCAUGCAGCGAUCUCAGUGUGGAACUUGCACAUAUCAGCACUUGGAACCAUGGCAAGUGUGAACUAUUCCACUGGGUAGAUGUCUUGGACCGUUUUGACUCCGUCUUGGAGGAGGGAUGCAAGACGACAGUCGAGCAAUCCUGGCAUCUUGCCCUUGACCUGCCCACUAAUGCACCCCUCCGACAGCUUGUCCACAGCAUCCUUAACUUCACUUCCCUGCUCAUUGAACACAGCUUCUCCAGACAUCUCUACAAUUCCAUUGAGCAUCUGACAACGUUACUGUCGUCAUCGGAUCUAAGCACAGUGCUCGCCGUACUCAAUCUUGUCUACGUCUUCAGUAAGCGAUCAAACUUCCUGAUAAAGCUCGCCGCUGAGAAACGGCAGAAGCUAUUUAAUCGUCUGACAUAUCUUGCCGAGAGCUGGGGUGGAAAAGACAAUGGCUUCGGCCUCGCAGAGUGCUGUCAGAAUGGCCCUAAACCUAGAGUACCAACCAGUGCAACUACGCUUCAUUUUGAGUUCUACUCUGAGAUCACUGUAGCAGAGGACAAGCCGGCCAAGAAGCAUACUCCUCAUGCAGUCACGGUGAUCCAUCUAGAAAAUGUGGACAAAAUUGCCCCAAGUCCAGCCGAGAUCAUGGAGGAUUUGAUAAAGAAUUACAGCGUACCAAAGGCAAAGCUAAUGUUGCUGUACACUCAUAUACGACUGGCACAUUGUUUCUCUUCACAUGAUAAACGUAUGCAGUGUGUACAAUCUAGACUACAAGCUCUCUCUGUUCUAGUUUACUCAAGUGCAGUACAGGAGGUGUCCAAUUCAUUACUGUACACCGGGCUGGUGGAAGAAUUAGUUGACGUUCUGCAGUUAGAAGACAUUAAACUUGUAGACAUAAAGGCGGCAUCAUUACGAACUCUGACCUCUAUUAUUCAUCUGGACCGUAAUCCAAAGUUGGUGAACAUCAUUGAUGCAACUGGUGCUUCGUCCUACCAUGGUUUCCUGCCAGUAUUAGUCAGGAGAUGUAUUCAAGCAAUGAUAGAUCCUGCCCUGGAGGCAUUUCCUCAUGCCUUAGCGACUGCUCUCUUCUCAUUUCUCUAUCAUCUAGCCAGCUAUGAAACAGGAGGUGAGGCCCUGGUUUCCUGUGGGAUGAUGGAAUCACUACUGAAAGUCAUCAAAUGGCCCGGAGAAGAUGAACAAAUCCACACAACGUUUGUAACCAGAGCAGUGCGUGUAGUGGACUUGAUCACCAAUCUGGAUAUGGCGGCAUUCCAGACCCAUCAAGGUCUAUCAAUAUUCAUCAAUAGAUUAGAGCAUGAAGUAGCAAUCUGUCGGCGUCAGGCGCCGUUCGUCUUGAGACCCAGUUUCAGCACCUACCAGGAAGGGUCUUAUUCCCCGUCUCACUACUCCGAUGACUCCAUGGAGUUAGACGCUGUGGAUGCGGGAGGGGCCAGCACCAGUAAGGAGGACGUGGCAGGAGGUAGCGCUCCAAGGGAUAAGAAGAGGAAGAUGGAUGGUGCGCAGUGUUUCCCACAGAGGGCAGCAUUGCUCAAGUCCAUGCUGAACUUCUUGAAGAAGGCGAUUCCAGACCCAGCGUUCUCGGAUAGUAUCAGACACGUGAUGGACGGUAGCCUGCCUAGUUCAUUAAAGCAUGUCAUCAGUAACGCUGAGUAUUAUGGGCCGUCUCUUUUCCUCUUAGCAUGUGAACUGGUGACGGUGUACGUAUUCCAAGAACCAUCUUUACUGUCGUCUCUUCAAGACACUGGUCUCACUGAUGUCAUGCUCCACGCUUUACUCAUCAAAGACGUCCCAGCUACCAAGGAGGUCCUCGGCUCCCUGCCUAACAUCUUCAGUGCCUUGUGCCUAAAUGCCCGGGGUCUUAACGCCUUCGUUCAGUGCAAACCGUUUGAUAAACUCUUCAAGGUGUUGCUCUCACCAACUUACCUGCCAGCGAUGAGAAGGAGACGUAGUAAUGACGCCCUAGGUGAUACUGCGUCUUCUCUAGGCAGUGCGAUGGAUGAACUGAUGAGACACCAACCACUUCUCAAAGCUGACGCAAUGAAAGCGAUCAUUAAGUUGCUUGAAGAGAUCUGCGUUCUCGGCAAGGACCCUAAGUACACCUGUAGUCGUACCCCAUCCAAGGCUAAGAUCCAGGAGCCCGGUGGCAGCGCUCCGGCAGGGAACGUGGAUGCGGACAACGAUACCUCAAGUGAUGAUGAGGAAGAUGAGGAUGAGAUUGCCAGCACGAUGAGCCAGACCAGCACGCUGAAAUCAGAGGCUGAAAUCCAACAAUCCUCAGGACCAGAAGUAAAAACACCGAUUCCUUUACUGGAUUACAUCUUGAACGUGAUGAAGUUUGUGGAGGCGAUACUGAGCAACAAUGCAACCGACGACCACUGCAGGGAGUUUGUAAACCAGAAGGGUCUGAUUCCGCUGAUGGGUAUACUGGGGCUGCCUAACAUGCCAAUUGACUUCCCCUCUCACCCUGCCUGCCAGGCGGUGGCCGGAGUCUGCAAGUCGGUCUUGUCCUUGGCCCACGAGACCUCGGUGCUAGAACGAGGCCUGAUGUACCUCGACGGGGUCCUCAAGUCUCUGGAGCCCCUCCAUCACCCACUUGGUACUCCGGGGGGCUCAGUCCUCCUCAGAGAGCUCGUCAACGCACCCAACAUAUCCGAAGCCCCGCAGUCUGCACAGGCCACACCAUUACUCCAUGCCAUGGCAUCGGCUCACGCUUAUGUCACCAUGUUCGUUCAUGUAUGCAGAGUUGGUCAGAGCGAUGUGCGUACGAUAUCAGUCAACCAGUGGGGUUCAGACCUCGGCCAGUCCGUUCUGCGUGGCUUGAGUAAACUCUACACUUCCCUUGUGUGGGAGAGUAUCGUCCUGCUGGCCCUCUUCACCCCCGGUGCCCUUCCCGAAGGAUGUGAUCUCGGCAAAGCGGAGAAGGAGAAGUUACUUGCCAAGGAGAUUCAAGUCCUCGUGGAGGACACCUCCAAGUCUGGCAGCCGCAAGGCCGAAGACACUGAGAGCAGCGGUAGUGCUCUAAGGACUAGUGACUUAGAUCUGAGCUCUGGAAGUGCCGUCUCCUUGAUGGAGGUCGGUGAUGCUCUAUCCCCGAUGGAGGUUGAAGACUCCAAGUCGGAAGGGAAGUCCAAACCCAAGAUGACCCCGCAGAUGCUGAGACAGCUACGGCAGGCCAUGCCGGUGCUCUACGCGCCGUCACGCCUUGGCAAGGGGCUCUCUGAACUCUUUGGGUUGUUGGUGAAGCUGUGUGUCGGCUCGGCGGGACGGCAGAGGAGUAGACAGCAGCUUCAGCCUAACAUGACUUCGCCGUCUGAAGCAGCAAGGAACACUGCCAAAGCACUGACUGAUCUCUUGGCAAGCAGCUUGUCAUGGACCCCUCCACCAGCUUGCCCUCUGCCCAAGUUCAGGCUGACUUUCUACAUCUGUGCAGUCAGCUUUGCCUCGUCCAUGCUGUUUGAUGAGAAGAAGAACCCGUAUCAUCUCAUGUUGCAGAAGUUCAUGACCUCAGGCGCUCAUGCUGCCGUUUUCGACGCAUUCAACUGGGCAUUGUCAAUGGGUGGCAAGGUCCCAACCAAAGAAGGCCUGGAACACGCUGAACUACCAGAGGGAACUGGUGAAUUCCUUGAUGUGUGGCUGGUACUGAUUGAGAAGCUAGUCAACCCAGAGACCGUGCUGGACUCGCCUCAUUCCCUACCAGCAAGGUCUUCAACUAACUCUGCCUAUGCGCCAUUCAGCCCUUCACAGUUCCUCAUCAGCACUCAUAAGGCCGCCUUCAAAGCAAUCAUGGGCUUGUGGGAAUGCAAACCAUUAAAGGUCUACGGCAGCCGGAUGUCAGAGUCCCUCCUGGCCAUCCUGUGUCACAUCCUACGCGGCGAGGCAGUGGUCAAAGAACGACUAGAGAAGGAGAAAGCAGAAGAGGCAGCUGCAGCGACAACCUCGGAGGCUACCACUUCAGCCAUAGCAUCCGUACCUGCCAGCGGACCCACGUCAGCCUCUGUAAGCAGUGCUCUCGGUUCAUCCAGAUUGCUCGGUGACUCUGGACUGUUUGACGCGGCAGGAUUACUUGGGAGGAGUCGACCCAGACCUGAACCUAACGAGGAGCAUGUACAACAGCUGCUCGACAUGGGCUUUUCCCGCAACCAUGCGAGGGAGGCAUUACAGCACACUGGGUCCCUGGAGCAGGCAGCAGAGUGGGCUCUGACACAUCCACCAUCGAUGUCUGCAGGUUUUGGUACGGGUUUAUCUGAAGAGGAAGAGAUGAUGCGAGCUAUUGCUAUGUCUCUAGGAGAAUCCGUUCAGAUGCCAACAGAUCAGGAGGAGGAAGAGAGAAAGAAGAAAGAAGAUGAAGAGAAAGCCAAGAAAGAGCAAGAGGCUAAAGAAAAGGAGCAAGCAGCAAGUGAUCGCAUCCCAGAUGAACCUCCUCUGGAGAAACACCAUCUAGAUGAGUUUGUUAAUAACAUGCUGCCUGGGUGCUUCAAGCUCUUGGAUGAACUCUCUGAUACCGUAUACAGAAUAUGUGAUUUAUUAGUUGUUGCUAAUAACCGUGAUGGUGAGCCGUGGAGGAAACGUAUGCUGAGUUCCCUCGUCAGUGAGAUUGCAGAAAACGGCAAACUGCUUCUUGAGAUAGCAUGCCCCGCCCAGCCCACGGCGUUCGCUAUGGAUGGUACGUCCACAGCGACAGUGACUGCAGCAGAGCGUGCUAAUAAACUUGCAACAAGUGCUGAGGCAUCAAGACUUGCACCCAGACUCCAUCUGUUGUGCCUUCUGUUUGAGGAGAUGAAGGGAGUAUGUGCUAAUGCAGUGGAUGAAUCCGGGGUGCUUCAAGUUCUAGUUCAGCUUCUUGAGGAGUCUCAGAAAUGCAUGUGUUGUGUCAAGGACACCGCCACGCCAAAGUGGUUAGGCCCUCUGUUGCUGUUAAUCGACCAGUUUGAAAAGGCGGCAGUAACGGCACGCAGGAAAUUGGCUCAAAAGGGGGCCACUCACAUCUGGAAAUGGUUUGAUGACUCGACGGGGCGCUGGUGCACCUACAGCAGCGCUAAUAACAAGACGAUUGAUGAUGCAUACUGGGCGGGCAAACCCAGUGUUCGCUUCACUGCAGCAAGGAGGAGGUAUAUGGUGCACUUCAGUACCAUGGUACAGCUGAAUGAAGAGACGUUGAAUCGCCGACCAGUGAUGCAGACCUUACCCAGCAAGGAGCCACCCAAGGAAGCAGACAAAGAAACCAAAGAAGACAAGAGAAGAGACUCUGCCAAGAAGUUCAAGACUAACAGAUCCACUGAAGGUGCCAGUUCUGUUUCGAUUGGAGCCGAGGAGAAACCGGUCACGGCCAAGGAACCUGACAUUGUCCCAAUCCGAGGACUGGAAGCUGAGCGGAUCACAACAGUUGUCAGAUCUUGUGUGGGUUUGAUCAGCCUACCAGUAGAGCCAGACACUCUCCACGCCGUCAUGCGCGUCUGUCUACGCUUCACGCGCGACCACAAAAUGGCGUUACUCUUUGCGGAGCUUGGCGGACCACGCAUGCUGCUCACACUCAAUACGUCCUCGUCCUUCAAUGGAUUCUCGUAUUUAGCGACGAUUCUCAUCAGACACGUGUUUGAGGAGACGCAUGUGUUACGUCACGCCAUGGAUAAGCUGAUGUCGAGUAUUGGCAACCGUGGUAUCGGCUGCCCUGUAUGUGGCGUCCUCCUGGGGAGUAUAGGAUCCAGGGAGCUACACUACGUCUUGAGGAAGCUCGGCCCGCUGGCAUGUAGGGAGGAAGCGGUCUUUGACGACGCUGUAAGAUCCAUCCUGAGAAUCGCUCUACCCAUGACAAAAAGAGGUGAAGACGAUGAGUCUCGUUACACUGGUCCCAACGCCCUGCAGCUACUCAAAGCAUUACCCCUAAAGCCAUACAGUCCACCGAGUAUAGCUGCCCUAAUGAAACAUGUGCUCUGUGAUCUACUCAAUGCGCUGGCUGCGCAGACUGAACCACCGCCGACUGAAGGUGCCACAGACGACAAGAAAUCAACUGCAGCUGACCUGGCUCAGACGGUGGAGACAGGACUAGGGCUGAGAGAGAUCGGAGACGAGCUGCUGCAGUUCUACGGCAGCAGCAGCAGUGGCGGCAACAGCGGCAGCAGGAAUCAGCAGGGCAACCGCUUCACCACACAGCGACUGGAUAGCGGCACUGAUGCAGCAACUACUGCCGAUGAAGAGCUUUCCGAGUCAACCCCAUCAGGCUCCUCCCAGUCGGACUCCUUGCCCAAGAAGACGCCCAAGGCCCCAGGAGGCAAGGAAGACCCCGUUGUCGUCAAGAGCAAGCCCCUGAUGCCCAAGUCGGCCAUCUUACGACUCCUAGCUGAGCUGGUCCGCUCCUACGCUGGUUUUGCUCUUGCGAUUGCACAGUACCAGUACACCGGUUCCCAUACUCCACUGGUCAAAGAGCAUGGCUCUGUUCUCGCCUACAUCCUGGACCAUCUGCUCCCCCAGUGCCAGACCGCCGGGGACAAGGAUUGCCCAGCCCUCGCCCAGGUCCUUCUGGCCAGCAUCGCGUCCAGCAACCAUAGCCCGGAGGCCCAGUCCAUCUUGGUGACCGAGACCAAAGCCGCUCUGAGUAGAGCAUUGUGCCUCCCCGAGAGCUCUGAGAAACACACACGGGUCCAGUCGCUCACAUUGUUGAUUAGCGUGAUGAUCGAGGCGUGUCCCCCACCCGGCUCCGCCCAGCAGCAACCCAGCAACUCCUACAACAAACACCAUCCAAACACCAUGAACAACGUCAUACGCAUCCUGCUGCGCAAGGGUCUGGUCGUCGACCUGGCUCGCAUACCCCAUAGCCUGGAUCUGUCCAGUCCGAACAUGGCCGCUACGGUCAACUCAGCCCUCAAGCCGUUAGAGACUCUCUCGAGAGUGGUGAAUCAGCCGAGCACCAGCGCCCUUGGUAAGACGGUGAUCAAACCGAGAGCUGGUGGGAGGACGGCGUUGCAGAGCUCUGGCUUGUCUAGAAACGUCGCUGGCAACACACUGCAAAGUGCGAGUAGUCUGGCUUCAAUGAAUGAACUCCUCGGUGGGGGUACUCAUGUGGAUACAGUAUUGUCGUUGGCAGAUAUUCUUGGACAUUCGUCAGAUGCGCUUGCCGGUGAAGCGUCAGCUAGAUCCGCAGCUGCCAUGGAAAGUCGUACGGAGCUUGAUGACAUUAUGGAUGAGCUGAUGGAGAGAAGGAACAAUGAUUCACACUCACUCCUAGGAGAGACCCUCAUAGCUACUGGCCCUGAGAGGCUUGGAUCCCUCGGCUCUGGAUUCCUAGACCAAGCUGGUGAUGCUUCGCAAGAUGAGAUGGUGAUAACGAUGACCGAUGAAGGAGAGGAGAUGGACCAAGCUAUGGAAGAUGCCGACUUGAAUAAUCACCAUAGCAACCAAGAAGGCACAGCUGAUAUUGAUGGGGACGAUGAUAGCGUCCAUGACGGGGACUCGGCCGCUGAGAGUGAUUCAGAUGAUGACAGUGAAGAUCAACGGGAGGGUGAAGAUGAAGACGAGGAUUGCGAAGAGGAAGAAGAGGAGGAGGAAGAGGAAGAGGAGCAUGAAGGAUCCGACAUGGAUAUGGAGUAUGAUUACUACGACGAUCUAGAGGAAUCUUACUUUGGUGUCGCUGAUAGAGAUGAAGAUCUAUUCAUACAACUGGAAGACGUCUUCCCAGGAGAGUCUUACCACCAUGGGUCUAUUCUAGGCGUCCCUGCUUCCAUCCGUACUUACCAGCUACCUGUAGCCGUCCAUGAUGACAAUGCAAACGGUCCGAGCAUACCGGCGGCCCCAAGUGCGGUGACCACCAACCACCCCCUGUUGAUCCGUCAUGCUGACCACACCAACCUGACCCACGGCUUCGGGAACACUACCAGCCGCAGUCAUCGCCACAGAGGGCAGCGUAUUCAACGACACGGUACCAACCCAACGCAGACUGUGCACAUUUACCACUCGGGCAACGCUAGGCCACCAAGUGUACCUACUAUUCUUAGGCUACUAGGCCUAUCCUCAGCGGCCGAUAUCGUCCAACUCACGUCCGGGGCGACCACAUCCAACGCCAGCAACCAGACCAGAAUAUACCUCGCUGACUCGGCCGACGAACAGAUGAUCGGUCAUAACUACGACGGAAUCUACGAAGACCUGUACCAAGAUAACUACAACGACGGGUACUUGUCCAGUUCGGAUCCCAUCUCCAGCGUCCCUACAACCUACCAGAGGUGGGAUGAAGAGGCAAGGUUGUUGGAUGGUGCCAGCAUGCAUGAUUGUAUACAAGCCCUGAAGCCGAGUCUGAUCGAGCUACUUGAGAAACACCGCGACGAGGAGCUCGCUGAGAGGAGAGAGAAACGACGCAAACAGGCUGAGGAGGAAGCGGUCAAGAAGGCAGAAGAAGAUGCCAAGAAGAAAGCUGAGGCUGCCAAGAAGGCUGAGCUAGAGAAGAAGAAAGGAAACGGGGACGCCAAAGCGUCAACGGAAACGGACAAAGAGAAGGAAGAAAAAAUGGAGGUUACAGAGGGGGGAGCAAGAAGUGAAGAAACAGCCUCAGGCCGAGCUGCUACAUCAAGUACACCUAUACCCUCUGAGUUGACAGUCGGUAUCAACGAGUUAGCGUCCUCCAUAGCGGCAGCCGCAGUUGGCCUUCGAUCCUACUCGCUGGUAUCAAACAGUCAGAACCCCUCCACUACUGCCCCCUUGGUGUCGGCUUUCCCGUCGGUCGCAGCAGCAUCUCUCAACUCGCCAUUGACGAUCAAUCCAUCUCUAGGGGUCUUGGGGAAUCUGCCGUCUGCACCGGUCGCCACAACUGACCGGUCCACCGGUGAGGUAGUAACCUGCACCAUUCCCUCCGUCGCCAACCCUCAGUUGGUGACCGUCAUUGCCUCCACCACCCCAAGCACCUCGGUGUCUACCUCUUCUACUCUUCCAAUCUCUAGCAGCAUCUCAUCCCAGGCUGAAGGAGGAGUGCCAACGCCAUCCACUAUUCUAUCGGCUGAGCCAACGUUUGCUUCCCUCUUGGCACAGGAUUACCCAGUGCCUGGAAUCUCCACCACCCUAGCAGGUUCUCCAACCACAGCAAAUCCAGUUUCGUCUUCAUCCACCUCAACACCUAUACAGAGCACUACCAGUGUGAGUGCUGCAAGUGAACCCCCUGGUCCAUCAGGAACUGGAAUCACCCUCGGUGGUAUUCAACUUCCUGAAGGAGUGGAUCCUUCCUUCUUAGCUGCUCUUCCCGAAGGCAUCCGGCAAGAAGUCCUGAGGGAGCAUCUCGGUAUCCGACACUCUCGACACCCUCCUCCUCCCUCUGGGGUCACCACCGCUGGACCGUCUGCCCCAGUAACGACAGCAGCCCCCCUGGUGGUUGGGAGCAGCACACCGUCCACCAGCGCCUUGGAUCCUAACAGCUCCAUCAGCCAGGUUAACCCAGAGUUCCUGGCUGCUCUACCCCUACAUAUACAGGAUGAGGUCCUAGCACAAGAGCGAGCCGAACAGCAGCGUCUCUUAGCCAGCCAGCAGCCAACAACCACCACAGCAGAGCCCGUUGACCCGGCCGCCUUCAUUCAAAACCUACCCCCAGGGCUCCGUCAGACUGUCCUGGCCGACAUGGACGACUCUGUGCUGGCCCUCCUGCCCAACGAGAUCGCCGCGGAGGCCCAGGCGCUGCGGAUUGAUCGGGUGCUUCGACACCGGCAGCUGAUGCAGGAACGCUUGCUGAGGGAGACGGGUAUGCUGGGUGCUAUACUUCAGAAUUCAGGUCUUUCGAGCAGGUUGGGCCAAGGGGUAAACUACUAUCGGCUCUCCGUGCCUCGAUCAACCAGCGGGUAUUCAUGGAGUUGGGGCGGAGGCUCACGUGGCUUGAACACGGCGAGAGCGGCCACCACCACGACCACCAGUGCACUGACUCAGUUCCAGGGUCGGCAGCUGGUGGACCUGGAAGCACUGACAUGUCUUCUGGUGCUAUUGUUUGUUAACGAGCCGAAGCUGAACACAGCGAGGCUACACCGUGUGCUACGCAACCUGAGUUACCACCCGUCCACCAGGCAGUGGAUCCUUCAGGCGCUUCUCAGCAUCUUGGAGAGGACCAGUGGGCUCCUCAAGGGUGGUGCUCCGAGUACCGUUCACGACGGUAAAGUCGGCGGUGCGAACUCUCAGUGCGAUAUGGAGACGGUGACGGUGGUUCAGAGUAGUAAAAGCAGCCAGCAGCCGUCGUGGCUGUCGAUCAGUAUGGACGCUGCCUUAGGGUGUAGAGCAAGUGUCUUCCAGGUACAACGAAGUGGGACCAAGAAGAGCAGCGAUCGGCAAGGUGCUCUGGUCUGUAUCCACCCUCAGGCUGCGCCCCUUGUCUGUAGACACGUUCUUGAAACACUAGUAUCACUAGCCAAGGUGUUUCCCCACCAGUUUGUCCCGCAGAGACCCAAAGACUCUGCUAAGAAUGCUGCGGACAGCAGCAGCAGUAGUAGUAGUUUAAAACUCAUGGACGGGGGACCGCUAACCUCAUCUGAGAGCAUGACGUCCAACCUCAGUCAGGGCUCCACGGGAAGCGGCAAGCCCUCUACCGCCUCAAAGCAGGACGCAGAGUUCUGGGACCUGCUGGUGAGGCUGGACAAUACGACACUAGGCAGGAAGGGUAAGAUGAUUUCCAAAUCGUCCAGUUCGUCACUGGACCGUGAUGGGAAGAGGUCGGACACGGCACCGUCUCCGAUGGCCUUGCUGAUGGGCAUGUUGGCCCACCCUGUGAUACGACGCAGCACGGCGCUAACGGACAAGAUGCUCCACUUGCUCUCCCUGGUGUCCGCCUCGUUACCGGAGACGGACAAGAAAGAUAAACAUGACCUAGCAACUGUCAAGAGCUUAGCGAGAUUGGGACGGAGAAUGGCCGAACCUGCGCAGUCAUGCACUCCUACUCAACCGAGCCGGGAGCUUCCUGGUGAAAUGACAUCGACCCCAGGGACAACGGAUUCGGCAUCUGGAGAAAGACAACAUACAUUGUCCACAACUAGCAGUGCUGGCAGUCCAAUGGAGACUGCAUCUAUACCUGAUGUAAAUGAGACUCAAGAGUCGGAGGGAGACAAGACAUCUGAAGAGAAGCAAGCUGAGACACGUACAGAGAAGACGAUUGUCGAGGAAUGCUUACUCAAACUAGCAGUGGAGGUUCUAACGGCUCACAGUUGUUCAGAAGAUGGACUUGAAGACGCCACUACAUUACUUAUGCAGCUAUCGAGAGGUCAUGCCUUCACAAGACAGACCGUCUUAGCACUAUUAUUAGAUGGAGCCAAGGAGAUAGGCCUAGCACUAUGCAGUGAUAUUCAGAAACUUCUGUCAGAAGUCAGACAAUACAAAGAAAUGGCAGACUACAUCCAAGAAGAUGACCCAUCUUCAUCGACAGUCUCAGUGGCCGGUCCAUCCGGGCUAGGAGGGACCAUCCGAGACCGCUUUAACAUGGGUCUCAAUGUGGUCGUCAAUGCCCGCUCCAACAACACCAAGCGGAGCGGUUUUGAGCUGCGACUGCCGUCGAUGGCGCUGUUUACAAGCAAGAUGUCCAAUCAGAAUCUGUUCCUAAGGAUGCUGAAGGUGGUGGUCCAGCUGAAGGAGGCAGCUAAGAAGGCAGCGAAGAAAGCAUCCACUCUCAGCAGGAAUUCCAACUUGGCAGCAGCUGUAGCAGCUCUGGAAGCGGAUGCAAGUGAACUCAUGGAAAUUAUGCACAGACGAGGGCAGCCUUCUUCACUCGAUGCGCACAGAGCACUUAUAGGCAGAGGGACCUCAGUGGGUGCUCCCAGCUCCUCAACGACCCCAGCCACAACCCCAGCUACACCUCCAGUCACAGCCACCACUACCCCCAGCACCGAGCACCCUACCCAGCCCGAGGUGCCGACCAGCCUAAUGGCAAGGUCUAGUAGCUCAACAACCAGCACCACGGUGACUCCAAGCAGUGGGUCGUCAUCAGAGACCCCCAUGGAGGUGGAUCUACCGGCCGGGCAGGGAGCUGCACUGCUCAAGCAGGCAUCUCUGGACGCCCAAGGGGCUAGCACCAGCAAGGCUGAUGAGGUUGAGGAUGAUGAGCCUCGUCUAAGUCUCCAGCUCUCUCUAGAAGAGCUCUGGGAUACCCUGAGCGGUUGCCUAACAGAUCUCUCCCAGACCCCAGAUCACCACUCAGUCCUGGUCCUACAGCCUGCCGUAGAGGCCUUCUUCCUUGUCCACGCAUCGGAGAAGGAAGUCACCAAAGCGACCGAAUCCAAGCCCUCCCUGACGCGAGACAGCAGCAUCUCUCAUGUGACUGAGAUGGCUCCAUUGUCACCGAUGCCUGUGACGGCCACCGGAAACCUCUCUGGAGGAUUCUUCGCGAGGGAAAGCUCCGUCACGUCCAUCGUUACGGCCGCCAUGCCUCUGGACACACAGAAAUUCCUCAGUUUUGCAGAGAUGCAUCGCAAUGUGUUGAACCAGAUCCUCCGUCAGUCCACAGUCCACCUCUCCGAGGGACCCUUUUCCGUCUUGGUCAACCACGUCCGCAUCCUGGACUUUGACGUGAAGCGUCGCUACUUCCGCCAGGAGCUGGAGCGAAUGGACGAGGGGACGCGGCGUGAGGACAUGGCCAUCCAUGUACGACGAGAGCACGUCUUUGAGGACUCGUACAGGGAGCUCCAUCGGAGGUCACCGGAGGAGUGGAAGAAUCGCUUCUACGUGGUGUUUGAAGGAGAGGAAGGGCAAGAUGCAGGAGGUCUCCUUAGAGAGUGGUAUCUCAUCAUCUCAAAGGAGAUUUUCAACCCCAUGUACGCCCUGUUCAAGGUGUCCCCCGGGGACCGUGUGACCUACCUCCCUAACCCCGCCUCCCACUGCAACUCCAACCAUCUCAGCUAUUUCAAGUUUGUCGGUCGGAUCAUCGCUAAGGCCAUCUACGACAACAAACUCCUGGAUUGUUACUUCUCUCGUAGCUACUACAAGCACAUCUUGGGCAAGCCAGUCAAGUAUACAGACAUGGAGAGUGAGGACUAUUCAUUCUACCAAGGUCUCGUCUUCUUGUUAGAGCACGCCGUCUCAGAGCUGGGCUAUGAGCUCAUGUUCAGCACAGAGAUUGAGGAGUUUGGGGUGACCGAAGUGCGAGACCUGAAACCCAACGGUCGCAACAUCCCCGUCACAGCGGAGAACAAGUUGGAGUACGUCCACCUGGUAUGCCAGAUGAAGAUGACCGGGGCCAUCCGUAAGCAGCUGGACAGCUUCUUGGAAGGCUUCUAUGACAUCAUCCCCAAGAGGCUUAUCUCCAUCUUCAACGAGCAGGAGCUGGAGUUGCUCAUCUCUGGGUUGCCGACCAUCGAUGUGGACGACCUCAAGGCCAACACAGAGUACCAUAAAUACCAGGCCAACUCACUACAGAUCCAGUGGUUUUGGCGUGGUCUGCGUUCCUUUGACCAGGCCAUCCGAGCCAAGUUCUUGCAGUUUGUGACGGGCACAUCAAAGGUUCCCCUCCAGGGCUUUGCCUCGUUGGAGGGAAUGAAUGGACCCCAGAAGUUCCAGAUUCACAGGGAUGAUCGGUCCACAGACAGACUUCCAACCGCUCAUACCUGCUUCAACCAGCUGGAUUUACCGGCGUAUGAGACAUACGACAAGCUGCGAAAGAUGCUACUACUGGCCAUCGAAGAAUGUACCGAAGGAUUUGGCUUGGCUUGAUCUAGCCAACCACCUGGGCCCGAUGGCUCUGCUUACCAUAAGCAAAGAAUUCCAUGCUUAUGUCAAGCCUAUACAGGUCUGCUGGGAAAGUUUGCUUGUUUGGUGCGUAGUCCACGUUACAAGGCAUUGUCUGCUUACACAGCUAGCUAGAAAUACAGAGCCUGCCCUGUAAGCAAAGUAUGGUUGUUGCAAGUGCAGAAUUUGGCGGUAAGCAGAGCAGAAUUUGGCGGUAAGCAGAGACUUGAAAUUGGGCCCUGUUUGCAACACACCAAAGACACUCAUCGACAACCCUGUGUAAAAGUUAAUGACAAAAAAUUAAAGAGAAUGUUGACUUUGUCCCAUCGAUGGAUAAGGUCAGAGUGUCAUGUUAGGAUAUGAGUUUGAUAUGUCAUGGCCUUAUGCUAACAUGGUUGCCCACUUGGUUCAAGUAUUCCCCUAUGAUACAACAUGAGUGAAAUGUUGCAGUGAUUUUUAUUGUGACCGGGGCCCAAUUUCAUAAAACUGUUCGGCAGAAAAUAGUGCUCGGCAGAAUCUUUGCCAAGCAUAAAUUGAGCGGAGCACCAGUCACUACAAUAUAAACUUUCUGGAGGUUUUUGGCUGGUAACUUGUUUCUGCUAAGCAAUACUUGUGUGUGCUUAGCAAGUUUUUUUGUGCUGACAGGCUUUAUGAAAGUGGGCCCCGGUCUGUCUGAUACUGAUGGGACAUUUAAAGAUGGCUUGAUCAUCAAUAUAGCAGUACUUACUAGUUGCUAUAGCCGCCAAUACAGACAUUCUAGUUGUCUACAGUCUUAUCGCUUUUAAGAAAACAGGCACAGGAAAUGGUCCCAACCGUGGACACUCAAGCUGAAGGUGUUGCUUUGACCUUGAGUAGCAUUUUGUGUCAAGAGCGCCCUCGCAUGGCAGAUAGUUUUAAUCUGAGCAUGUAGUGAAGUUUCAAUAGAGACCUUUGUAUCACUCGAUGAACCAUCUUUGACUGGUAGGCCCUACCCUGUGCGUGUGAAUGAUUAAAAGCUCAGAGGCAUAAAAGAUAUCAGACUAUGUUUUCCAUGUUAACUUAGUAUCUACCUUUCUAAAACAACACCAAAUUUUUGUUUCAUAUUAUUUUCAGACACUUUUACAAGAAUAUAUUGUGUCAAAACUAAACAAUGUUUAGCCAUGUCUGGGUGUGUGGUGAUGAUUUUACAGAAACAAAAGGUCUCUACAAGUGUUAAGUUAUCAUGUAGUUGCUUCUUAAGCACUGCCUGCAUGAAUGGGUGCAUAGUGGCAGUCAGGCCUGGAAUUUCAUCUUUGAGAGGGCAAGGCCAUUUUCUUAAGGGCACUUCCAUUGGAAAAUCUUAAAGUGUUUGUGGGAACUUUUGAAAGGGCACCGAGGCCAAGACUGAGGGCAACGGAGACUGUGGCCUGCGUGUUAUUUCAGGCCUUUUUCUAACUUGGUUGGAAGGUGGUUGUGUGAGGGGAGAGUUUAUUAUUAUUAUUAUUAUAGUGACCUUGGGAAUUCUGAUGGUUUUUGGUUCAGAACACAUGACUUUGGAUGGAGAAGGUUUUGAUCGACUUGGAAACUUUAUCAAGUACAAACUGGAGAGAGUGCGUCAAGGUUCCAACUCAAUCAAAUUGUGCUUCUUUGUUUUCAUUUGUUUAUUUCGUAUUUUGAAAUUUAGUUAAUUGGGCGUUCGGGCUGUGCAGAUUUGCAGCCCUGUAUACCAGCCCAAAGGUCGGAAAGCAAAUACCAAAAAAUGUCUUUGCUAUAUUUAAACUUUUUUAUGUUUAUUUGUUUGUUUUGUUUAUAGAGGAAAAUAGGUAUCUUCAAUAGUGUUUUAUAAAGAUCCAUAUAGAUCCGCUUCAAAUUAAUAUUCCUCUGAAACAUUUAAACAACGGAUUGUUGCAAAAAAAACGAUUCAUUUCUGUAUUUCAUAUUUGCGUAAAUAGAUAAGAAAAAUGUCUUUAUAAUGAUUUUUCUAUCUGUACCAAAUAACAUUGAAUGCCUUAAAGUGAUAGAGUAGUUUACAGUGUAGGAGAUAUUCAAAUUGGAAGAGGAAGCUUAAGUGUGCAUGUAUGAGGAACUGAAGUAUGUUAUGUUCCAUUACGUUUUUUGCUAGUUGCAAAUAUUUGUUUUAUACUUCCCCAUGAAAUUUGCGUAAAGGGGAAAAACGAUUAAAUUAAAAGAGGAAAAAAAAGGUGCAUCUUAAAAAAAAAAAAAUAAUGUUACUUGUGGGAAGUAAAGAAAAUAUUGUACAAUGGCAUUUGUUGGUUUGUUUAAAUCAGAGUUUGGGUAUUAAAAGAGUAGGUCACUUGUCUGGAGUGUCGUAGAGUAUUGUAAUACAACUGUAGAAAUUAUAUCGUUAUAUGUUAAGAUGGGAUGCUUAUAAAUAGCACUUUGUGAUAAAGCUACUUUGUGAAUUACAACUUGUUCUUUGUAAAAUACGUUAUGCUAUUCUUUCGACAUAUUGAUCCAGCUUUGUGAGAUAAACCUGAAAAGGGUUUUCAUUAGUUGCUUCAACUUUUAAAUUAUAAACAACAAAAACAAACAAUUAUUACUUUCUGAGUGCUGGAAAUAAGCAGAUGUUGAUGGGUGUUUUAGCAAUUAUUAUUAUAGCAAUUGCAGGCAAACCAUCAAAUUUAACGAUGUGGUGGAUUGGAGCAUCAUACUUUCUUAAUGUGGAUUUCAUAAAUGCUCCCAGCCUAGUCUAAAAAUAAGAAGAACAAUAAACACUAAUUAAAACAGUUGCAAGAAUUUGAUAAUGGAUGACUUUCAGAUUGGAUGACUUAUAUCAGAUUUUCCAUAAUGGGAACUUGGUUGCAACUUUAGCUUUAGUGCUUUAAAUCUCUUCCGGAAAAUUUGGGCUGAGUGAGCUGUGACUGUGUUUUUGUUUUUGCUACGGUUGUAAGGAACUUUCCUAUUCAAUGUCCUAAAGAUGGUAAACUGGCCCCCAGGCAAACAAACAAGAACAACAAAAUAAACAAAGUUCAGUCAAAUUUUCAGAAUACUGUGUUUACCUUUCUGAAGUGGUACACAAGUAAAAAAGGUGACAUUGACUUUUAAAACCAACUAAAUUGAUAACUGCUGGAAAGUGUAAAUUGUAUGUUCUCUUAAGUUCCAAGAAUUUGUUUGAACUUAAUUAAAAUCCUAUCUGUAUUAACUAUGGAACCUGUGAAUAAAACAAAACAAGUUCUGGAA